AUGGUCAACUCCUGUUGUGGCUCUGUCUGCUCCGACCAGGGCUGUGGUCAAGGCCUCUCCCAGGAGACCUGCUGCCAACCCAGCUGCUGCCAGCCCACCUGCUGCAGAACCACCUGCUGCCAACCCAGCUGCUGUCAGACCCCCUGCUGCAGGCCAACUUGCUGCAUUUCCAGCUGCUGCCGACCCUGCUGUAAGCCUCAGUGCUGCCAGUCUGUGUGCUGCCAGACCACCUGCUGCAAGCCCAGCUGCUGUGUGUCCAGUUGCUGCAGGCCUCAGUGCUGCCAGUCUGUCUGCUGUCAGCCCACCUGCUGCCACCCCAGCUGCUGCGUUUCCAGCUGCUGCCGCCCUUCCUGCUGUGAACCUCCACCCUCUGACACCAUGGUCAGCUCCUGUUGUGGCUCUGUCUGCUCUGACCAGGGCUGUGAUCAAGGCCUCUCCCAGGAGACCUGCUGCCAACCCAGCUGCUGCCAGCCCACCUGCUGCAGAACCACCUGCUGCCAACCCAGCUGCUGUCAGACCACCUGCUGCAGGCCAACUUGCUGCAUUUCCAGCUGCUGCCAACCCUCCUGCUGUGGUUCUAGCUGCUGCCAGUCUGUGUGCUGCCAGCCCACCUGCUGCAAGCCCAGCUGCUGCAUUUCCAGCUGCUGCCACCCUUCUUGCUGUGGUUCUAGCAGCUGUGGCUCCAGCUGCUGCAGGCCAACCUGCUGCAUCUCCAGCUGUUGCCGCCCAGUCUGCUGCCAGACUACCUGCUGCCGCCCCAGCUGCUGUGUGUCCAGUUGCUGCCGCCCAGUCUGCUGCCAAACCACCUGCUGCCGCCCCAGCUGCUGUGUGUCCAGUUGCUGCCGCCCCAGCUCUUGCCAAACCACCUGCUGCCGCCCAAUCUGCUCUAGUGCUUCUUGCUGCUGA